CUAUUCGUUGUGAUUACAGAGAAGGACAGAGUAGUUUCAGUGCUCCCUAACACCAAGUUGCAGCUCCACACCACGAGGUCAUGGGAGUUCAUGGGCUUACCACAGAAUCGUUUUUACCUUCCACCUGAACGAGACAUUAUCGUGGGAGUGUUAGAUACAGGAAUCUGGCCUGAGUCCGAAAGCUUCAAUGAUGACGGGUUCAGUGCUCCUCCGGCAAAAUGGAAAGGGAUUUGCCAGACUGCAAGCAAUUUCUCUUGCAACAACAAGCUCAUCGGAGCCCGAUACUACAACAGUGAGGACUUGUACGGUGUUAAGGAGUUCAAAUCUCCGAGGGACUCGGAAGGACAUGGGACCCAUACUUCUUCCACAGCAGCGGGCCGAGAUGUGGCUGGAGCAAGCUACCUUGGGUUAGCCCAAGGCAUUGCAAGAGGUGGAGUCCCACAAGCAAGAAUUGCUGUCUACAAAGUUUGCUGGUCGUCCGGAUGUGCCAUGGCUGAUAUAUUGGCUGCUUUUGACGAUGCGGUGGCAGAUGGGGUCGACAUCAUAUCACUUUCCGUUGGAUCCGAUUUCCCAGCACAGUACUUCGAUGAUCCCAUUGCAAUUGGAGCAUUCCAUGCGAUGCAGCAUGGGAUCUUGACAUCGAAUUCUGCCGGAAACUCUGGCCCGAGACCAAGAUCCGUCUCCAACAUUGUACCUUGGACUUUGACGGUGGCCACAAGCACGAUCGACCGGAAGUUUGUGUCCCAAGUGGUGCUUGGCAAUGGACAGACCUUCACUGGAAAUGCCAUCAAUCCAUUUGACCUCAAUGGUACGUCAUUCCCGUUGAUCUAUGGAGGAUCCGCUCCAAAUGUAUCGGCCGGUGUUUCUGCUGAUUUUUCAAGAUCCUGUCGUACUGGAUCUCUUAAUUCAUACAAAGUGCAAGGGAAGAUUGUCUUCUGUUACGACUUCGAGGAUGGUCACGGGGUCAUUGAGGCCCAUGGAUUAGGUAACAUCAUGGCUGACAGUGCACACUCUGAUUUUGCCAUCUCCUAUCCAUUGCCGAGUACACUUCUCAAUAUAGAAGAUGGGGAAAAAGUAUUGGACUACAUUCAAACUACUGACAACCCCAUCGGAACAAUCCUUGCCAGUGAUACAUGGAAAGAUGCAUCUGCUCCCCGCGUCAUCUCCUUCUCUUCCAGAGGACCCAACCCAUUGACGCCAGACAUUCUCAAGCCAGAUGUGACAGCCCCCGGCGUAGACAUCCUUGCCGCUUGGUCACCGGUGGCGCCUCCUUCCAUCUACCAUGAAGAUACCACCAGAGUCAAGUACAACAUAAUCUCGGGCACCUCAAUGUCUUGCCCACAUGCCAGCGGUGCUGCCGCCUUUGUCAAAGCUGCUUAUCCUGACUGGUCCCCCACCGCGAUAAAAUCCGCACUCAUGACUACAGCUUACGUCAUGGAUGCUAGGAAGAACAAAGAUGCGGAAUUCGCUUACGGAUCUGGCCACAUCAACCCCUUGGGAGCCAUAGAUCCCGGACUAGUAUAUGAUGCAUCCGAGAAAGACUAUGUCGAAUUCCUAUGCAAUUUGGGCUACAACAGCUCUACAUUGAGGCUUGUGACUGGCGAUUCAAGCACAUGCUCCGGCAACCGCACAGGCAAUGCUUGGGACCUCAACUACCCAUCCUUUGCACUGUCCAUACCAGAUGGCCAAUCCAUCAAGGGCACCUUCCAGAGGAGAGUAACCAACGUUGGGUCUCCAAACUCAACCUAUUACGCAACUGUCUAUGCACCAUCCCUCCUCCAAGUGUUUGUCGAACCAUCCGUCCUUUCUUUCUCAUCCAAGGGUGAGACAAAAUCGUUUACGGUUAAGGUAAGCGGAGGUGUCAUUGCGCAGCAGCCCAUAAUUUCUGGUUACAUUGCAUGGAAGGACGGCGUUCACGUCGUAAGAAGCCCGCUGGUGGUUUACACUGUACUUCCUAAUGAUCCAAUUCCUAUUGGUAAAGCUCCUGGCUCUUUUGAAAGCCCCCCCAUGCGUCAUAGGAAUGGUAUCUUUGGGCACAUUUAGUGAAUGGAUGCAUAGAAGGUAGUAAUGGGGUAUCAUUUCAGAUGAUUCACCAUGUUUGUACUGUUUCUUUUCCUGCAAUGAUAGUGAAAUAAUACAAUUGCCAGAUUGC